AUGCGAACUGUAUCUGUCGCUCUGGUGCUUAGUACGACCUCACCGCCGAUCGGCACCGAUAUCCCCCGGCUCGAGCCGCAGCGCAUUGGCGUUCCGACGAGGUUGUACAAGCCCGUAAUGCUCCCCAACGGCGGCGGUGUCAAGAAACGCAAGACUGCGCGAGCAUGCGGCGGGCCGUAUCUCAAGGAAGAAGGUCGCUAUUGGCGUGUUGGACCUGAAGCCCCAACUCAGUGGAUUGCGGAACCUCGGCUGAGUUCGAGCGCCUUCUUGCAGUGCCAGAUGACCAACUCGUCCUCGUACAUCCUCCUCUCCGGCCCAUCCAACGUAUUCCUCGACGGCCCCUCCGUAGCCAAAUCUACGAUCCCCCACGUCUCGCCGUCCGACACGUUUCCAUGCUCGGUCGGGGUGGACCCUUUCCUCCGCAUUACCUACCCGGCCGUCCAACAAGUCUCUCACACAGUCGACGGGCAAAUUCCUCGACCAGACGAAGCAAGACGCGACCCAGUUUACCCAGCGCAUCGGCAUUAAGAACAUAGGGAACGAUGGGCCUGACGGAAUGGUCGAGUGGUCGUUACGCUACUGCCUGGUGGGGAGACGGGAUUGGUGCUCGGGUGGGAGGUUCCCUGAGCGCGCUAGUCACGAGCAUCCUCUGGCGAUAGUUUGCAGGUCUCAAAUGGUGAUAU